AUGUCCGGCCCCGUCGCUCGCCUCGCGAAUCUCAAGCUUGGCGGCGCCGAGCAACCUCGCCAACCUCUCCCACCCGCGUCAACCUCUCCGUCCGUCCAAGCUCCAAGAAGUGCUGACAAUGUGCCAAGCGCGGAUUUGGGCCUCAUCGGCCUCGCUGUCAUGGGACAGAAUCUCAUCAUGAACAUGGCCGACCACGGCUUCACCAUUUGCGCUUUCAACCGAACUGUCUCCAAAGUCGACCGGUUCUUGGAAAAUGAGGCCAAGGGCAAAUCUAUUGUUGGUGCUCACAGCGUCGAGGAGUUUGUAAGCAAGCUCAAGUCUCCUCGCCGCGUCAUGCUUCUCGUUCAGGCCGGCCAAGCUGUUGAUGACUGGAUCGAGAAGCUGCUGUCCCUCCUCUCAAAAGGUGACAUCAUCAUUGACGGUGGCAACUCUCACUUCCCCGACUCCAACCGCCGCACCAAGUACCUGGCCGGUAAGGGCCUUCGAUUCGUCGGGUCCGGUGUUUCCGGCGGUGAGGAGGGCGCCCGAUACGGCCCCUCUCUAAUGCCUGGUGGUGACGAGGAGGCCUGGCCUCACAUCAAGGACAUCUUUCAGAGCAUCGCUGCCAAGAGUGACGGCGAGCCCUGCUGUGAAUGGGUCGGAGACGAGGGUGCCGGUCACUACGUCAAGAUGGUCCACAACGGCAUCGAGUAUGGUGACAUGCAGCUUAUUUGCGAGGCCUACGACAUCAUGAAGCGUGGUCUCGGUCUUUCCAGUAAAGAGAUUGGUGACGUCUUCACAAAGUGGAACAAGGGUGUUUUGGAUUCGUUCCUGAUCGAGAUUACCCGCGACAUUCUGUAUUUCAACGAUGACGAUGGCAAGCCUCUUGUGGAGAAGAUUCUUGACCAGGCCGGCCAGAAGGGUACCGGCAAGUGGACAGCUGUCAAUGCUUUGGAUCUGGGCAUGCCCGUCACUCUGAUUGCCGAGGCUGUCCUGGCUCGUUGCUUGUCAGCCGUUAAGCCGGAGCGUGUCGAGGCCUCCACCAAACUUCAGUACGUCUCUCGCAGCGGCGGCAAGUUUGAAGGCAACAAGGAGCAGUUUCUCGAGGACCUCGAGCAGGCCUUGUAUGCUUCCAAGAUUAUUUCUUAUGCCCAGGGCUUCAUGCUGAUGCAGGAGGUAAUGACUCUCCAUUCUGCCCUUUCAUUUUUCCUCACAACCAAGGCUGCCAGAGAGUUUGGCUGGAAGCUCAAUAAGCCUUCCAUUGCUCUCAUGUGGCGUGGUGGCUGCAUCAUCCGCUCCGUCUUCUUGAAGGACAUCACCGCCGCUUACCGCAAGAAUCCCGACUUGAAGAACCUGCUCUUUGAUGACUUUUUCAACAAGGCCAUCCACAAGGCCCAGCCUGGCUGGAGAGAUGUUGUUUCCAAGGCCGCUGAGCUUGGUAUCCCUACUCCCGCCUUCUCGGCUGCCCUGUCGUGGUUCGACGGUUAUCGCACCAAAGACCUGCCCGCCAACCUCCUCCAGGCUCAGCGCGACUACUUUGGCGCCCACACUUUCCGUAUCAAGCCUGAAGCAGCCAACGAUAAGUACCACACGGGCGAGGAUAUUCACGUCAACUGGACAGGCCGUGGCGGCAAUGUCUCGGCCUCUACCUACCAGGCAUAA